CUCCAGCUCAGUCUGCCCCUUUAAGGAAGGUGACAUCUGAGCCACACAAUGCUGCCUGCUCCCUGCUGAGGUCUGGCUCUGAGUCGCUGGGAGACCCCAGUGAGACAAUCCUGGGGGGAGAGCUUGGCAGUUGUCUAGACGCGGCUUGCAGCACCUGGUGGAAACAGAUGCACGGUCCCCCUGUACGGAGGUAGAGGAUGCUCCGAGGACACAAGUGCUCAUUUUCUUUUUCUUUUUCUCUCUUGCAGUGUCCAGAGCCCCCUUCCCAGCCAGAGGCUGCCAGUGCCGGACAGUGUGCUGCACAUGUUCGCAGGCACCGAAGAGGGCCCGGAGGAUGACAGUGCAAAGCAUGGGGGCCGGGUGCGCACCUUCCCCCACGAACGGGGCAACUGGGCCACCCAUGUCUACGUCCCGUAUGAAGCCAGGGAGGAGUUCCCGGACCUGCUUGACGCGUUGCUGCCCCACGCCCAGACCUGCGUGCCCCGGCUGGUGAGGAUGGAGGCCUUCCACCUCAGCCUGUCCCAGAGUGUGGUCCUGCGGCACCACUGGAUCCUCCCCUUCGUGCAGGCCCUGAAAGAGCGCCUGGCCUCCCGCCAGAGAUUCUGCUUUACAGCCGACCGGGUAAAGAUUUAUACCAAUGAAGAGAAAACCAGGACCUUUGUUGGGCUGGAGGUCACCUCUGGCCACGCCCAGUUCCUGGACCUGGUUUCAGAGGUGGACAGAGUCAUGGAGGAGUUUGACCUCACCACUUUCUACAAGGACCCUUCCUUCCACAUCAGCCUGGCCUGGUGCGUGGGUGAUGCUCGUCUCCAGCUGGAAGGCCAGUGCCUGAGGGAGCUGCAGGAAAUCGUGGACGAGUUCGAAGACUCCGAGAUGCUGCUGCGCGUGCACGCCGAGCAGGUCCGCUGCAAGUCCGGGAACAAGUUCUUCUCGAUGCCUUUGAAGUGAGCGCCAGAGGCCCUCCUCGUCCCAGGUCCCACCGCAAGCCAGGCAGAGGUGGAGGAGGCUGCGCAAGCCGGCCUGGGAGGCCUGGUGGUCCCCGGGCCUGGUCCUCUCCCGGCCCUUUUGGGUUGCAGGUCCAGUGCCGCUGUGUUGUGGUCGUUCCCAAAAACCACCAGUAGAGGGCAGACCGGGCUCCCUAGUUCUAGAUCUGUGGUUUUUAUGCAAAAAUAUAGAGAAAAAUGGGGUCACCCGGUGAGCCCACCCAUACUCAGCCAGAAUCCCCACUGUAGUCCCGCCAACAAAUGGCCCCUCUCCCCACUCCCUACCCCCACCCCCGCACACACACACACACCCCACAGCUUCCUCAGCUGUUUGCACUGCGAUGCCCUUGGCUUCAGACCAGCCUUUUCAAAACCAUGUGUCCUGGCUCAUCCCUGCUCAAGCCAGGACGUAGGGUCCUUCAAGGGGUCUGUCACUCUCCCUCGCUGAAGCCUGUCCCUUUAUUGCUAGUCCCAGCCCCUCCUACGCCAGCGAAGGCCAUGUCGGGGCCAAGGCACAGGGUGCUAAUUUGAGGUUCAG